CCGCGAUUGAUGCGUAGUACAGUGGACUUCAAAGGGAGUCAUUAAAGACAGCAAGAAGGAUUUAUAAAGGCACCCGACGGAGUUUGGUGCCGGUCAAGGAACUAUGUGCGCAGCGCAGGCAUCACCCAGGACAGUACAGCGACGGUACGGCCAGACGACACCACCGGAGGCAGCCGCAGUGGUGGCAGCGGGCCUAGGCGGCCAUAAAAGGAAGCAGCUGAGCCUGGCGUACGAGGAACUGACGACCGUGCCGUACAGCCUCGUCGAGAAGUACACGGCCGACGUGGAAGUUCUGGACCUGAGUCACAACCGACUGACGGAUGUCCGCUUCCUGUCUCACUUCGAGCGGCUGCACACGGUGAUCCUGGACCACAACUGCCUGAGCUGCUUGAGCGUGGUGCCGAUGCUGCCGACGCUUCAGGUGCUCUGGCUCAACUACAACCGGCUGCUCAGCCUGACGGUGUUCGUGCCUGGACUGUCCCGGAGCUGCCCGCAGUUGCGCGUGCUCAGUCUGAUGGGGAACGAGCUGGCGCCUUCUUUCCUCAACAACGGCACGGCCGAACAGAACGCCAACUACAGGCUGUACGUGAUCGCGCAUUUCCCGAUGCUCGUGUUCCUGGACGACCGACCCGUGCUGGACGAAGAGCGGCACAAGGCGCACGCCGUGGGUCAUCACAUCUCCGAGAUGAUGCACGCCCACGAGGCUACCCUCACUCGCAACAGCCUCAAAGGAUUGGCGCGGUGAUCGCCGGCGUGGAUGGACUUGCAGCCUGCGUGGGAAGUCCAUCCGUUCCCUCACUAAGUGCCAGCAACAUUGUGCACGAGCACGACUUGUAACUCUAAUGUCGGCGCUCUCGUAUGUUCUCCGUGAAAAGAAAGAGUCCAUCGAAAGGCAAGCAGAGUUUUAGGUGAUGUCCUCGCAGAGGAGGACGAAGGCCUUCAAGCACAAGCGUGACGUCACCUUCUCUCUCUAUUAUGCCUUGACAUUUCUCUCAACCUUUGCCUCCUCAUUACCCUUCCCCAGUGCAGAGUGUGCCAACCGGGUUCAGUCCUGGUUGACCUCUCCCCAUUUCAUUUGCCCCUGUCUUCCUAAACUCUUGUCUUCCGUCGCAUUCCCUGGCGACAUUGUCGAUUUCCUUCUUUCCAAAC